GGGCGCGCGAGAAGUUGGAGAUAUACCAGACUGCGAUGCGGAAUGAAGAUCGGCACGAGCGGGCUGAUCUAGCGCCCGAGGAGCUCGGCCGGCUCGACUCGCGGCUCCCAGGCGCGAAGGACUCGCCAGUAUGCGACCUAUUGGCGACCGGGGGCAGAGUCCUGCAGCGUGCCAUUUUGGACCAGCGAAG